UUCCAAUAGGCUUAUGUAUCCUGUGCAUGGGGCAAUAAUAUUGGAUUUGUGAUGAUCUGUUAUGGAGUAUGCAAUGCAAUAUCAGCAAUUUUUCUGGGAUGGUUAGUCAAGAUAACAGGAAGACUGCCAAUAGUUUGUGCAGCUGCUAUAGCUCAUACAGGAAUUGCAAUUGGGCUAUUAUUAUGGAAACCGAAUCCAGUUGACCAAUAUGUCUACUUUUUAUUUUCUGGAGCUUGGGGAAUUGUUGAUGGAGUUUGGCUUGUACAAAUUAAUGCAUAUUGUGGAAUUCUUUUCCCUGGCCGAGAAGAAGCAGCCUAUAGCAAUUUCCGUCUAUGGGAAUCUCUAGGAUUUAUUGUUGCCUACGCUUAUAGUACCUUCAUCAUCAGGACAGAUGUAAAAUUUAUAUAA